GACAGUCACAUGACCAAAGCGCGCGCGAAAUGUAGUGUGGAGGGGGCAACGCCUUGCAACUGUGUGAGCCAUGGCGUCCUGUGAUUACCAUGAGAUCCGUCGCAAAAAUCUAGAAGAUAACAAGCGUAUACUAGCAGAACUUGGACUGUGUAAUCCGUUCAAACCAACGCCGCGUGUUAUCAAGAAAAAUAUAAAGCGUCAAUCAGAGGAUGACACAUACCAGCCUACAAAGAAAACAAAAACUACUAAACAUACAUCUUUAGAUAUUGAAAACAGUGGAUACAUUCGAGAUGUGCGACGUUUAUCAGCUCGACUUCGUGGACAGCCCGCAGGUACAGACAUCAUUGAAGAUGAUCUCUCUCAAGUUGAAAAAGCCUCAUGCAAGAUUAUACCUGUUAUGCCUGACCGUCCCAAAUGGUAUGGACCCGUUCCAGGGGUCCCUGUUGGCACCAUAUGGCUGACACGCAUGGAGUGCUCCCGUGAUGGUGUACACAGACCUCCUGUUGCGGGUAUCCAUGGGGGAGAAGAAGGAGCUUACUCUAUAGCACUGUCUGGAGGGUAUGAGGAUGAUAUUGACCUAGGAGACUGUUUCACCUACACUGGAGAAGGUGGGAGAGAUCUAAAGGGAACAAAGAACAACCCAAAGAACCUGAGAACAGCCCCUCAGUCGAAAAAUCAGGAACUGACCCGAGGCAACCUUGCACUCAGUAAAAAUAAGACAAGCGGGAAUCCAGUGCGAGUUAUCCGUGGCUAUAAGCUAAAGAGUCCCUUUGCACCUGAAACUGGCUAUCGCUAUGACGGGCUAUACACAGUACAGAAGUUUUGGUUCACAAAAGGUGUGGCAGGCUUUGGGGUCUGGAAGUUUGCUUUGCAGCGUUGCCCGGACCAGGUUGCUCCACCGUGGGAACUGGUCGAGGAUCCUCCAUCACCAGCAAAAUCUCUGGAUUCAGGUUUUUCUUCAGAUGGCUGCAGUCAAAGCAGUGAGGCAGCUGAUUUGAGUGAAAUGGUGUCUCAUGCUGGAAAUCAAACUACCAGCAGACUGGAUGAUGGAUUACUAGAUAUAAAUGCUAACAAGAAAGACACUGUAGUUGGGAUGUUGGCUGCUGCCGGUGAUGAUCUUGUUGGUCUAAGCACGAUGGUGUCUCAUACCAAAAAAGACAUCUGAUGACUGUGGCAGCUUAGAAUGAAAUCCUAACCUCUGCUGUUGUCAUAAAGGUUUUAGAAAGUGAUAUAUUUGUCGUGAGUAUUGCUGUUUACAACAUACAUGAAGAGAAAUAAUUUUGGGGAUUGUGUUUAAAAAAAGAAUGUUGGGGGGACAGCAUAGACUAGUGGUUAGUACAGCUAUUGGCUGUAGAACAGAAUGUUGCUGAGAUUAGGGCUCUCCAACCUGUGACUGAAUAACGCUCCUGCUCACCCAGCAGCUGCUUUGAAAUGAGUUCCUGAUUUAUUAGCAAAAGUAAACACAGUAGAAGGAGAUCGACUAUAUUUUCCACAUAAUUUAUUAGGGAAAGUAAAAACUAGAAGAAGAUGGUUUGGCUCUGUUUUUCACGAUUUAUUAUGAAAAGUAAACAUUAACAGGAGAUGGUUUUGUUUUCCACUUACCAUGCACGAGACCCAGUGGAUCACAUUAGAUUACUUCCCCUGUGGUUUCUGGGAUGAGCUAACUUAAAAAAAAACAAAUGUGGUGUUGCCUGUAGCUGCCAUUGACACAAUUAUAUAGCCUCAGAUAUAUUUCUCUGGGAUUACUAUAGGCAGACUUGCUUAUUUCCUUGCUUGCCUUUCAUUUUUAAGUGAAAUAUUAGGCGUGGAAUAAUGAUAACGAUUUUAAUUCCUUUUUGUUCCUAAUCACCAUGUGGAGCAGGUUCUGGUUGUCCCUUUCCAGUUGGGAGUUUAAUUCCUAUGUUGCAGGAAUAUUUUUUUAUCUGUUGGUUUUAUAGCUCUGAAGAUUAAGGAGCUUUUUUCACUCAAUCUUAAGAAACUAGCAUCAAGGUAUGCCAUUAUUGCCAGGAUUAAAACAGUGUGGGCAGAAAGUAAUUGUGUUGUCUUAGAAUUAACAGCAUGUGAUUGUCAGAUGACCUGGUUUACAGAGAUUAUUUGCCCCACAAAACAGUUCAUAGAAGGUAAUAGACAUCAGUAUUAUGAAAGCCAAGUUUUUAGAAGUUAAGAUAAUUAUCUGCAAAUUUUAACUGAUAGUGGUCUCGUGUGUAUAUAUAAAAAUAAACUGCCUUUAGGCAAUAUGAUAGUCUUUGUUGGGAGUUAAUUGCUGCUUUUUAACAAGUCUGUGGGAUGAUGUGUGGUUUUCACACUCUAAGCAAUAUUACUGAUGAGGUGCUUUUUCGUCAUUGGCAACAUUUGGUUGUUUUGUGCAAACAGUAUACGUCAAUUUUGUAUUGCAGCAAUUCACAUUUAAGUGAGUGCACAAAUUCUUCUAAAAGCAAAAAUCUUCAACUGAGAAUUUAUGAGAAAUUUCCUUUUGUUGUUUUUUUUUUUUUAAGAUGCUAAAAUGUAUUACAUCAAUAAACAUGCUAAAAGCGGAUGUAUUUACCUGAUAAAGUUAAGGAGACAGGAAAUGGGCUGGGCUAAGGCCUUUCAAGUACACAGGAUAAAACUGAAUCAGAACAGUUUUGGUUUUUUUUCUUUCUUUUCUGCUUUUUAUUCAUGUAGCAGACAGCUAUGCAAGAGAAGCGACAACAUUGUCCUUUGUUGCUUGUUCAAACAUAACAAAUAUCACUAACACUUCAUGACCAGUGCAUGUGUUUUAGGGCAACGCUGACAGAUACUUCCGAUGUUUCAUUGUUAGUGUCUAAGUAGCAAGAAAUGAAUAUGGUUUUGGACUGUC